AUGGCUCGACUUCGCGGCCCCUUUACACUUUUUUUCGCCGCCGUAACUUUUCUUCUCCUCGGAUCGAUCUCCACUACUAUUGGCUUCGUCCCAAGUCGCCAAUUCGCGAGGAAGAUUUGCGCCAGGAAGAUGAGAGAGGAGACGACAAUGGAAACAUGGCAAAAAAUCAACAGCAUAGGAUCUUCGCCGCCGACUUGUAGAUCCAAGUGCGGGAAGUGCGCGCCAUGCACGCCCGUUCGCGUCCCGGUCCGGCCGGGAUUCGAUUUGCUGCUAGAGUACUACCCUGAAGCGUGGAGGUGCAAGUGUGGAGAUCAAAUCUUCAUGCCUUAG